AAUGCAGCGUUAGAACUGAGACACAAACAAUCUUUAGUGGAUAAGGACUUUGUAACCCUACUUGAAGCCAGGAAAAAACUUAAGACUUUACUUACCCAGCAACACCUACACGAGCUACAGAAGUCCAGAUGCUUCUUCGGUGAGCACUCCAAGAAGUGUGGACGUCUCCUGGUGAAAAUGUUGAAGAAAAGACAAGACAAUCUUCACAUUGGAAAAAUAAGGGUGAACCCCCACUGGACCAUAAAACACCCAAGGGAGAUGGCAGAGACCUUCCACAAAUAUUAUUCAGCACUGUAUGAUAUCCAAGAGACCAUGAACCCACGGGACAAUGCUUCCUGCCUAGCCGACAUGAAUAACUAUGGCUUUACCCAUGUCAAAAAACAGAUACCGAUGGAGGCGAGGGACACCCUAGAUGCAGAGAUCAAACUACAAGAAUUAAAUGUGGCAAUCAAAACAUCAAGUUAG